UUGACACUCAAACACUGCUGGGGACAAUCUGCCUGGCAUCGGGCACAAGUUGCUUUGCAGACUGUCUAUUCAACGCAUCAAGACCAACAAAAACGAUUCUCUGUUAUGCAUAUUAUGAUUUUUCAGUUCUUAUUAUUUGUUGUUGCUGAUUUUGAAAGGUUGUGAUCCAUUGUGAGUGCUGUGCUAGCUACCACUGGACAAGCUUUAGAUAAAACUUUAGAAGGUGAUCGCAUUCGUCUUUUUUCAGUUCUUCUGAGAUCGUCAGUUACACGCAUUUACCUUUGUCCGCAGCACAUAGUUUUCAAUUUCAUUUGUAUACACUUACAUUUGAGGUACAAUUUUCAAUUGGACAUUUUUAAAGAAUACACUGGUGUUCAAAAAUGGGGCUGCUGGCGUGGACUAGGUGUUGGUGUGGUAUCAUUCUGCUGGCUGCAGUUUUCAUAUUGGGGAGUUCGCACAGGGCAGAAGGCUCCGGAUCCAAGGUGAACUCCAUCAAAUCGACUCUGCUGGGAGAGAGCCCAACUCCAUCCACCAACCACUCCGCCAGUCUCAAGCCAGCCGUGGUCAGCAAGAAGAGCAAUAACCCGGGACAGGUUUAUCUUUGCAGCAGCGAUAAGGAAUGUGACAUUGGAAGCUACUGCCACAGUCCUCAACAUGCUCCCUCCAGAUGCCUGGCUUGCAGGAGAAAGAAGAAACGGUGCCACAGAGAUAACAUGUGCUGCCCAGGCAAUCACUGCAGUAAUUACAUUUGCAUUCCUAUCACCGAAACUGUCCUUGCGCCACAUAUCACCGCGGUAGAGGGGCACAACAAGAAGACUGGACAGCUUUCCACUAAGGAAAAGGGUUGGCCAAAGACUGGGAAGGCACAGUCCAAGUUACCACAUGUGAAAGGUCACGAGGGAGAUCGAUGUCUCCGUUCCUCUGACUGUGUGGAGGGUUACUGCUGUGCCCGCCAUUUCUGGACCAAAAUCUGCAAGCCGGUCCUACAGCUGGGCGAGGUGUGUACCAGACAUCGCAAGAAGGGCACCCACGGGCUGGAGAUCUUCCAGCGCUGCGAAUGCGCGAAGGGCCUUUCCUGCAAGAUCUGGAAAGAUGCCACUUCCUCGUCCAAAUCAAGACUCCACAUGUGCCAAAAGGUGUAGAGGGACCUUUGGCCCAUUCUUUUCUAACUGUGAAAAAAAAACCCCUCAUAUUUAAGACAAGAGAGACACAGUGAAUAGGGACACGGAAGGGAGCUUUGCAGACAGCGGUACAGGUGUGGAACAUACGAACGAUGGUAUUCGGGAUGCAGUAGGGUUGGCCAUGAAGUAGUCUACUGCGUGGCUUCCAUGUGUAAAUAACAUUAUCUGCUAUAAGUGCCAUUCUGCUCUGCAAGGAAGAUAUUUAACCAUGUAAAGCCAAGCUUUUACUUUGACUGUCACCAGGCAAGGGUGUUAAACUGCACUCCUCAAAAGUCACACUCGCGCAGGCUUUUUCAAGGCGUGUUAAGGACAUUGGCUGCUUAAAAUAGGAAAUAAUUGAAAAUGUAUUCAUGCAGUCUUACAGUCAAUCAAGGCAAUUAAGUCAAGUCAACUAUCACAUUUAGUACUGAAGUGGAAUAAAAGCCAUGCAAAUGUGCCUAUUUUUGUGCUGUAGAGUUUGACACCCUUGGAUUUUGCAUUGUGAUGUUUCAUGUUUUUCUUAUGGGAACAUAAAUAUAUACAUACUGUAUAUUUUUUUUCUUUCAUUUUUCACAAAGUGAAUUCAGCCUGAAAUACUGCACUUUGGCUCUAGCAAUAGCUCAACUGGGAUGUUAAAUGAUUUCAAAGCAACACAGUUGUUUGGGAUUCUAACUUGUUCGGGAGUGUUUUCUCCUCCAGUACCAGGGCCGCACCAGUUACACUUGUGUUAAUUUCAGUCUGUGUGCAGACACGUCCAGAAAAGCUACCUUUUCUCAACACAGCAGAACAUCUUGUGCUAACAGCUUUAGGUUUCAUAGCAGCAAGAUCGAUGAGAUGCUAAUUUGUGCCUGCGUGUGUGAAAGUACAGCUCUCCCUUGCCCUGCCAGGAUGUUAUUCUGGUGACUUUUGGCCUCCACCAUUGCAUAGUGCCACUUCUAAACAGCAGGCUGGGUCCCCUGUCAAGGGAGUAUUUUAUACUGUUUAGAUUUCAGAGAGGGGUGACAUCAGUUCUGUUACUCGCUCAGGACAAUAAGAUCUGUUACAUGUGUACUCUACGACAGUCUGGUGUCAGGUUACUAAGGAUGGCCAUAACCUUUAAUAACAAUAAGUGGCUUUCUGAUGAUGGACGGAUGUAGUUUUGUGUUGGGUUUUUUUCCAUAAGGGAAAGUGUGUCUGUCCAGUCACAUUAUUACAGAUGACUAGAGCAGAAUGCAAUUACAAAUCAGACAGAGCCACUCAACGAAAUGACAUCCAUAUGAGCAGAGUGAGAUUUUUGCAAGCAAGUGGAAGAAUUGUGGAAGUAAUUCCAAGCAUGCAAAACAAAUUAUCGCCCUUUUUUUAAAAAGAGAGAAAACAUCAAAUAAAUAGAAAAAAAAAGAG